ACCCCACCGAAGAAAAAUAAGAAACUGCUUAGCGAUUUCGACGCAUGCCUCGGAGCUCGAUAUCAAACGCAACAUCACUAAUCAAAUGUAGCGAAAAGCUUAAAUUGCUAGCAGCAAAAUAAGACAAACCUGUUGUGUAUAGAAUAGCACAAAAUACUUCGUUGGUUUUACCCGCAACCCUUCUGGUGCGAUACAAAACACACAGAGAAAAUGGCGGAACUUCAGAAGGAGGCAGGACUGCUUGAAACCAUUCGGGAGAACCGAGAUGAAGAGGAGCCGGCUAAUUCAAAGGCAGAGGACAUGGACACCUCAGAAGACCUGCAAGAUGACAACCUGAUCGAGCGGGAACACUUCCACAGUUCUAAUAAUGAGCAGCAAGAUGGACAUUUGGUAGUUAGGAGUAAUGUAAUAUUAGAACGAACAAAAUUCAACCAAAGACGACAAGAAGCAGGAGAGACAGCUGAUGAUUUUAUUUCUGCACUUCAUUGUUUGUCACAACAUUGCGGUUAUGGAGCUCUGCUCAGUGAGAAAAUAAGAAACAGGCUUGUCAUGGGCUUACAUGACAAAAAACUUGCCGAGCAAUUACAAAUGGACCCAGAAAUAACACUGGAUGAAGCUGUCACACGCAUUCGUCAAAAGCAACAGGACCUGCCAGAGAAUAACUUCAAAGCUACCAGUAAUGCGGCAAAUGUAGAGAGUGUGCUUUCACAUAGCAAACAUCAAUGCCCAGCCAAUACCCAGUGCCAAUCAGAGAAGAAUCAAAACUCAGAAAGACCACAACAACCCCAAACAACGCAGGAGAAAGGAGAGGAGCCCCAAGAUACUGAUGACUUCAUUGAGGGUUUCAGACCUGGAGGAGAGAAGUCUCACUACUGCGCCUACUGCGGUCAGAACUUUCAAAAAGUAAGGGAUCUUAUAAGACACCAUCGAACACAUACAGGAGUGAAAGAAAUGUUCUGCCCUGAUUGUGGGAAAGGCUUUACCCGCUCUGAUAAUCUGAAAAGGCAUCAGAGGACACAUAAGAAAGGGGGUGAUUGUCUUUACUGUGAUAAAAGCUUUUCUGAACCGGGAGAACUAAAAAUACACAUGGAAGUACAUAGUCAAGAAAGGCCAUACCUUUGCCCUGACUGUGGGAAGCAAUUCAAACAGUUAUGGGUGUUGAAAAAUCACCAGCGAAAACAUACAGAGAAGAUCUCACCACAGGAAAGGCAUCACUACUGCUCCGACUGUGGAAAGAGCUUUACACGAAGGCAUAGUCUUAGAAGACAUCAGCAAGAAACGCAUACAGAUGAAAAGCCGUACCACUGCUCUAAUUGCAACAAAAGUUUUGCGGGACGUGAGAGACUUAAGAAACAUCAACUAACACACAAGGAAAAGAAACAUAAACAUUACCGCUGUUCAAGGUGUGAUAAAAGAUUUCCUGACAUGGCAAAACUAAGAUCACACCUUCCAGUACAUUCUGUAGACCUGGCACUCCACUGCUCGGACUGUGGAAAGUGUUUCUUAAACAAGACAAAGUUUGAAAGACACCUAAGAAUACACACUGCAAGUGGAAAAAAGCCAUUCCUCUGCACUGACUGCGGGGAUGGUUUUACAACUUUACGUCGGUUGGAAGAGCACCAGCGAAUACACACCGGAGAGAAACCGUACCACUGCACUGAAUGCGGGAAGCGUUUUGCACGUGAAUGGACAUUAAAGAGUCACAAGCAAGUGCACAAGUUAAAACACUCUGGAGAAAGAGCAGCCUAUCCUUGCUCUGAAUGUGGAAAGUCCUUCUCCCGUUCACGUGAUGUGAUGACUCAUGUGAGAAGGGUGCAUAACAAAGAGAGACCUUUCCAGUGCUUCUGCUGUGAAAAACGUUUCUUCCAAAAGAACUUCCUUACAGUACACAUGAGAAUUCACACUGGAGAGAAACCCUACCAGUGCUCAGAUUGUGGACAAAGCUUCUCCCAAAUUGGUGACCGAAAACGCCACCAGAAGAGGCAACACUCUAAAGAGGAGACUUGACCUCUAUACAACAGUGUGGAAGGCUCCCUAAUUUGGGAAAAAGUCAAUGACUCUGCCCUCCUCGUGAACUGGAAACCGAUGAGUGGUCGCCAUAUGUAGGAGAUUGCCUCCUUUGUCAGAGGAACAUCAGGGAAGAAUCUCAAUUGCAUAGUCCUCGCAUCCCCUCGCCUCCUUCUCAAAACCCAUUGGAGGAGAAGGUCAUAGGGGAGGGACCUCUGGCUUUCUCAUCCAAUGGGUUUUGAGAAGGAGUCGAGGAGAGGGAACGCGAGGAGUACUCAAUUGACAUUCUCCCCCUGUGUAUCCUACAGGCUCCCGAUCACAAAACUAAUAUUUUAUCUAUAAAUUGUCUGGAACAACCAGCUAAACUUGUUUUUACCACUUUACAUAUAUUUUGGGAUUCUUCCUCUGUAAGCAUCAUUUGCUUGAUGACGUGCAAGUGGAGUAGGAUAGUAAUUUCAUACAUGCUAUGGUUUGUUUUCACAUUUCCUUUCACUGAUUACUUUUGACCUUUUUCAAAAGGAGGUGAGGAGAGUUUGCGAAACUAAUUGAGAAUCUCCCACAGAGACCCUCAAUAAGAAAGGACUACAACAGUAAAACAAACAUACAAUAUUGUCAUAGCAUCAGUCUUUAUUGUUGUUUUUUUUGGUCAACUUUGUCAAACAAUUAUUUGAAUAUUUUGUAUCAAAAGUAAACUCUUUUUAUUAAUUUUUAUUUGAUCACCCUUGUAGUUUCCACCCGGCAAAUUUGUAUUUGUUAAUCCAAAAUGAUUUGUUGUGGGUGCAGCAUGUAAUAACCGCAGUCUGCAGAUAUACAUUAUUGAGGCGUUUGGGUAGCCAGGCAAUCCAUAUCAAAGAUGAUCUAUUAUAUUGACAAGAAAACUGAGUUGACUGUUCUAACAAUGAUUGAGGCAGGUGAGAUCAGGUGGGACCAUUCCAAUGAGACAGGGGGGUCACCAUUGAGACCAGGGUCUCAUUCUCAAGGGAGCCCUGUGAACAUGAACACACAAUUCAGUACAACAUAAAGCAAAAUAAUAACAUCAACACAAUACAACAAAUACAACAAGAUUAAUCAAAACAAACACUGAUCACAAUUGAUCUAAACUGUCCAAUGGUGACCAGCGAGUCCAGCUUCAAGGUGGCCUGAAGGCUAAUCCGCCCUAUGGGACUCCCAAUCACGGCCGGUUGUGAUACAGCCUGGAAUCGAACCAGGGUCUGUAAUGACGCCUCUUGCACUGAGAUGCAGUGCCUUAGACCGCUGCGCCAUUCGGGAGCCCUCUGCUGCAUAAAUAAUGUAAUAGGCCAGGAAGAUAUGUAUACUGUAGCUAAGAAAGUAAUACUAAGUGUAUGUUUUGUAGUAAGCUGUUAGUAGCCCAUGUGCCUCAGCCUAAUAAUUUGGUCUUUUUUCACAUCUUGAUUUCGCCUACUGUUCUGAUUUGGUGAUGCACAUGUAGCCUAUAACCUGUUUU